AUGAAAUCAUUCAGCCAGAUCCUCUUCCUCGUCUUCCUCCUCGGCGGCCUGAGGUCCAAGGCCGCUCCCUCAGCCCCUCCGCCUUUGCGCUCUGGCUUUCCGGACGUGGCCCACCCCUCUGAGACCUCCCCUCCGAAGGGUCCUUCUGAAAAUUCCACACGAGAUCGCCUUAACCCAGAAUUUCCUGGGACUCCUUACCCUGAACCUUUCAAGCCACCUCACACAGUUUCCCUGGAAACCUUCCGACUUGGCUUCACUGAGACCCCCAACCCUGACCUCCGGGAAACCCCGCACCCACAGUCUCCUGAGACGCCCAAAGCUGACUCACUCACAGCCUCAAUAUCAGAAUCCCUGGACACCCCCAAAACCAACCUCUCCAAAAUGACACACCUAGAUUCUUCUGAGACCCCCACACCUGGCCCAACGGAAAUGCCACACCCAGGGUCCCCUGAGAACCCCAAACCUAACUUCUCCAAACCUUCACGCCCAGAAUUUCCUGAGACCCCAAACACUGACCUUAUACAAACUGUACCCCAAGAAUCCCCACAGAUUCCCCAACUUAAUGCAACUGAAAUCUCACAGGCAGAAAUCCCUGAGACCUCAAACACUGGCCCUACCAAGACCCCUGACCCCAAAUCUCCAGAAACCCAUGACCUCAACUCCACUGAGACCCCAAACUCUGAAUUUCUCCAAGCUCUUCAUCCUGACCCUUCUAAAAGCCCCCACCCAGAAUCCCAUGUAACCCACAUUCCCAGCCACACUGAAAUUUCCCAAAUAGAAUUCCCCACAACCUACUACCAAAAUGCAACAGAUGUGCCCAGGACCUCCGACCCUCAAAUCUCCACUAGUCUCUACCCAGAAACACCUGUGCCCUUCAAGGAUGAAGCCACUGCUCUAAAUGAGCUGUCCCUAAAUCCCAAACCAGAAACCCCUGCAGCCAUCCAGCCCGACUCCACAAAAUUGCCCACUUCAGAUUCUCCAGGAACUGUUGAACUGAAGGCCCCCCAGAAGUCUGGCCCUAAGGAAUCCAACGCCCCUCCUCCCUCAGCCCGGAUUGUAGGUCCCCCUGCUCUUCCAGGGCCCCCCAAUCAGUUGGCCCCUGCCACUCUGCGGGCACCACAGAGGCACAGCCCCGGUGAAGGAGUCAACACUAUCAUCGUGGUGGAGAGAGUGAAGGAGACCGGCGUGACUCUGGUGGGACGACCACAUGGAGCAGCAGGCGGGGCCCUCUGCCUGUUCCUCGCGGGAACCGCGCUGCUGAUAGGCAUCUUUGUGCUGCUGUGGUGUCUCCACCGCCGGGCAGCUCGACACCGGCCCUUCGCACAUCACCGGCUUCCGGACGACGGAGAUGAACCUGUUCUGCAUUUGGACGCCCCGAAAGACCCCUACGACCUCUACUUUCAUGCGCCGGAUACCUGGGUCCCUUCCCACAUCGCCACCAAGCAGCCCCCGCCCACACCUCCGCUGCCACCAAAGCUGCCCCCGCCGCCCCGCGUGGGUCGCCCACAGCGUCUGGAGGCCCUGUCCCCAACCACGCUCCCCAACAACUUCGUGUAA